CUCAGCCCCUCCCUGUGUAGGAAUGUACAGAACUGGUUAAUGAGUGUCAGAGACUUUAGUUUCAUUUCUCUCUUCUGCUCUCAGCGAUGGCGUCUGCUGAUCUGAGGAAGGAGCUGGAAUGUUCCGUCUGUCUGAACAUUUAUACAGAUCCUGUGACCCUGAAAUGUGGUCACAACUUCUGCCGGGACUGUAUUGGUCGUGUGUGGGAUACACAGGAGGGGUCUGGAGGUUAUUCCUGUCCUGAAUGUAGAGAAGAGUUCCAGGAUCGGCCUGCACUGCACAGGAACAUAACACUACGUAACAUAGUGGAGAAUUUCCUGUCCACCCAUCCAGAUCAGGAGGAGUCCAGGGUCUUCUGUACUUACUGUAUUCACACUCCUGUACCUGCUGUCAUAUCCUGUCUGCAUUGUGAAGCUUCUCUGUGUGACAAUCACCUGAGAGUCCACAGCAAGUCACCAGAACACGUCUUAUGUGACCCCACCACCACUUCCCUGGAGAACAGGAAAUGCUCCGUCCAUAAGAAGAUCCUGGAGUAUUACUGCACUGAGGACUCCUCCUGUAUCUGUAUGUCCUGCGGGUUCAUUGGAGAACAUCGGGGACACCAGGUGGAGACUCUGGAUGAGGCCUCUGAGAUGAAGAAGAAGAAACUGAGGAAUGUUCUGCAGAAACUAAUGACAGAGAGAGAGGAGAUGGAGAAAAGAGUCCAGAGUCUGGAGGAGCACAGGAGGAAAGUACAAGGAAAAGCAGAUGAUGAAACAGAGAGAGUCACUGUCCUGUUCAGAGACCUCAGGAGACGUCUGGAAGACCUGGAGAAGAGAGUCCUGAGGGAGAUCUCCGGGCAGGCAGAGCGGAUCUCCGUGUUUAUCAAUGAUCUGCUCCAGGAUCUGGAAAUAAAGAAGGAGGAGCUGUCCAGGAAGAUGGGGGACAUUGAGGAGCUGUGUAACAUGACGGACCCACUGACUGUCCUCCAGGAAUCAGACACAGGUGACUUGUGUGAUACUGAGGAUGAUGAGGAGGACAGAGAGAGACGUGAUAACCUCCUCCAUGAUGGAGGGGAUCUGGAUGUGGCGGGGAUCUCACACACAUUACACACAGGUUUAUCUGAUAUCAUGUCUGGGGGAAAUGUAGAGAAAUGUACAGGUACACAUGUCUAUCCACACUCUACUACAGGGGGCGAAGGUCACACCAAUGCUGAACCAUUCAGGCCACACCCACAACUCUCCCCCACCAUACAACACUCACACCCCCAACCCUCCCCCACCAUACAACCAUCCAGGCCACACCCCCAGCCCUCCCCCACCAUACAACCAUUCAGGCCACACCCCCAAACCUCCCCCACCAUACAACCAUCCAGGCCACACCCCCAACCCUCCCCCACCAUACAACACUCACACCUCCAGGCUGGAGGACCAAAUAUUGGGGCUGUACAGCAAACAUCGGGGGUGUCGGGGGUUACAGACAUAUUACUGGAUGUGAGGACAGCUGGUAAUUUUCUCCAUAUAUCAGAUGACAGGAAAACUGCAUCAUCCUCAUUAUCACAUCAGAAUCGCCCAGAAACACCAGAGAGAUUUGAGUAUUGUCAGGUGAUGAGCAGUCAGAGGUUCUCCUCAGGGAGACAUUACUGGGAAGUGGAUGUCGGGGGGUCAUUGUUCUGGAGAGUCGGGAUGUGUUACCCCAGUAUAGACAGGAGAGGAGAUCAGUCACUGAUUGGAUAUAAUAAGAAGUCCUGGUGUUUGGAGAGGGGGUUGUGGGGUAAUCAGUACUCAGUGACACAUGACAGUAAUAAGAUCCCAUUACCCGGCGUUGUCUCCAGUAAGAGAGUCGGGAUAGAUCUGGAUUAUGAGGCCGGACGGAUCUCCUUUUAUGAUCUGUGUGACCCGAUCCGACAUCUCCACACCUUCACCACCACCUUCACUGAGCCCCUCCAUGCUGGGGUAUGGGUAUGGGUAGGGGGAGGUUGUAUAAAGAUAUGUGGGGGGAAUGAGAAGUGAGAGAUCUGCCCGGAGACAUCACAAGGGGGAUUAUCUGAUUGGUGAUUGGUGCAAUACUCAUCCAAUAGGAGGAAGCAGAGGACAGGAAACAUGACUGAUUUAUUUAUAAAGCUGCAGGUUCCGGGGCCGUCAUCUUCAUCCUAAACCUCACUUCACUACCUAGUGUGUCACUGACCAGGAACAAGCAUGCAGGAGGGCAGAUUGUUCAGCCUUCACUGGCUGCAUGCUUGUUCUGGGUCAGUGACACACUACAUAGUGUAGCCAGGAUCAGGAGGACGGCCCUGGGGUCUCCACCAUCACUGUGUAUCUAUAGAAGAAAGAGUGUUUAAGCUUUGGAUGGAGUGGGGGAGGAUUAGAACCUCUGUCAGAUUUAUCUCCUGCUAUCUGGGGCUCCUUUAUAGAGAUUCUCCCUCACUUCCUGUCCUGAUGACAACAUUUCACCAGACAGGAAGUGAGGGGAACUCUCCAACAGCAACACAGACA